AUGGACAUCUUCACUCUUCUAUUCUUUCUAUCGACUGUGCAUCUGAGCUAUCAAGAGGUUGCCGACCUUAACACUCUUUGUGACCAAGUUGGCGUUCUCUUCAACAAAGGAUGCAGUGGAUUGACUGCUAAAGUGCUUGGACUUCCCUACAAGACGACCCGAUACUAUCGCUACGGAGCAUCAAUCGACGACUAUAGUCUUGCUCAAGGAACUCUCGUUGGAUGGCCCGGUCAUGUUGCUUUUUAUGCUGGUGGCGCAUGUGGACGUGGUUGUGAGUUUGUCAACGUCCAAGGGCCAGGCCAUGUCGCGAGAUGCCAGCGUUCACUCGGAUCCGGAGUUCGUUUCGCCUAUUACAAUUACAAU